AUGAAUAGUUUAUUACGUCUAGCCGCCGUUUCUUGCGGCUUAUUAGCCACUGGAAUUAAUGCACUGGCGAUCCGAGAGGAUGCUGAUAGCACAAGUUCCUGUCGCAAGACCCAGGUCGCCGUUCUCGGCGCCGGUGUCGCUGGCAUCACAGCCGCCCAGGCCUUGUCCAAUGCCUCAGUCACAGAUUUCCUGAUUGUCGAGCGCCAAGACCACAUUGGCGGCAGAGUUUCGCAUACGAGCUUUGGCUACCAGGCCGAUGGCAGCCCCUAUACCAUCGAGCUUGGUGCCAACUGGAUUCAGGGCUUGGGCGCCGACGGUCCCGAGAACCCCAUUUGGACGUUGGGCAAGAAGUACAACCUUACCAACACGUACUCGAAUUACAGCUCAAUCCUCACAUACGACGAGACUGGUUAUACUGAUUUCUCGGAUCUAUUGGACGUCUGGGAUGAGAUUUACGAUGUCGCCGAGGACGACUCGGGAGUCAUGCUGACCAACAAUCUGCAAGACUUUGACGCCCGCACCGGUUUCCGUCUGGCCGACUGGAAGCCAAAGAAGGAUAUGCACAAGCAGGCAGUCGAGUGGUGGAGUUGGGAUUGGGAGACGUCGUACUCGCCCGAGGCCAGCAGUUUCGUCUUUGGUAUCGCAGGUUCCAACGUCACCUUUAACCAAUUCGGCGACGCCAACAACCUGGUCGUCGACUCGCGUGGUUUCAAUGCCUUCAUCAUUGGCGAGGCCAGCACGUUCCUGGCCGACGACGACGAGCGUCUUUUGCUCAACUCGACUGUUACUGGCGUCAACUACUCGACAGACGGUGUGGUUGUUGAGCUUGCCGACGGCAGCUGCAUUGAGGCUGAGCACGCCAUUUCCACCUUUUCUCUCGGUGUCUUGCAGAACGACGUGGUCGAGUUCACACCGGCUCUGCCUCGCUGGAAGCAAGAAGUGAUUGAGCAGUUCCAGAUGGGCACAUACACCAAGGUCUUUAUGCAGUUCAACGAGACGUUCUGGGACGCAGACACUCAGUACUUUUUGUACGCUGACCCCGACACUCGUGGUUACUACCCCGUGUGGCAGUCCCUCUCCACCGAGGGUUUCCUGCCCGGCUCCAACAUCAUCUUUGCCACCGUCGUUGGUGAUGAGUCCUACCGUAUUGAGCAGCAGGAUGACGAGGUCACAAAGGCCGAAUGCAUGGAGGUCCUGAAGGCCAUGUUCCCUGAUAUUGAGAUUCCCGAACCAAUUGCUUUCCUGUACCCCAGAUGGAGUCAAGAGGAAUGGGCAUUUGGAUCCUACAGCAACUGGCCCGCCGGUCUGACUCUCGAGAAGCACCAAAACCUGAGGGCCAACGUCGACCGUCUGUGGUUCGCCGGUGAGGCUCAGUCGGCAGAGUACUAUGGUUUCCUACAGGGAGCCUGGUUCGAGGGACAAGAGGUCGGCAUGCGCGUCGCUUCGGUCCUCGGCGCCAACCAGACCUACGGCGACAGUAACGCCACAAUUCCCGGCUACAUGACGAGAUAUGAGGUCCUUCACGGCACAACCAACGUGACCGAGUACAAUGCCGCCAAUGGCUGGCCGGUCAGCAGUUUCAUCCUAUAUGAGUCGGAUGACGAGUAG